GGUGUUUAGAAGACCCUCAGGAGGAAGUGUGGGGAGGCCAUGCAUUCCAGGGGGCCUUGGGCCCAAGUGGCUUCCCUCACCAGCAGAAAUGCUCAGAGAUAAUCCCGGAUUAGGACCCAAGCCCCCGGGGCCCAGGGUCCCCCGCCUCCGAUCUUCCCCACAAAACCCUAGGAAAAUCCCCUGCAGUACUCCCAGGCUGGCAAGAGUCUGCAGCAUCCUCUGGGGCCUGGUCCUGGGCCGCCCCCGGGACUCCAGUCCUGGCAUGGUUCAGGGGGACAUGGGGAACUGUGCCAAGAGGCCCCGGUGCCGGGGGCCAAAGGUAGGAGGGCUAAAGGGGAAAAGUCUUCCGAGGUAGGACUAAACCCUAAAGGGCCAGUUGGGGUGGGCAGAGUCCUAAAAGGGUGGAGCUGGGCCUGGCAGGGGAGUGCACGGAUGGAGAGGGUGGCUGUGCACUGCCUCAGAAUGAGAUUUUCUUCCUGGAAGCCCCAGACUCUGACUCAUCCUGGUCUUGGCUCCCACAGACCACUUGGUCUCCCUGCCAAGGUCCCCAGGUCCCACCUGGCUGUCCCAUCACUUGCUGCAGGUCCCUGCUCUCUGCUAGCCAGCCUUGAUCUAGAAGACACAGCUUGAGCACAGGGUCUCACUCUGCCCCUGGCUUUCUCAGUGACCUUGGCCAAGUCCCUUGGCUUUUCUGGGCCUCAGUUGCCCAAAUGAACAGUUAGGGGACGGCCCCUAUCAAGCUAAUGUGUUAAGGGGUGAGGGUCCCAAACACCCUGAGCCCCUUCCCCGUGGUCCUAUGCUGGGUUCCAAAGAGGGGAGAGGCUGGUGGGCCAGGGGAAGAGGGGUGGUCAGGUCCAGUGCUCAGCAGCCACUGCCCCAGCUCAUGGCUGGCUCUGCUACAGGACCCCUGGCAAUGGCCCAGCUCCUCCCCCAGGGGCUCCCACCAUAGCCCCAGCCCCAGCCCCAAGGAACAGGGGGUGCCCAGGCCGGGCGUCCAGGGCUACUCGGUGCUCAGCAGCCUGGUGGGGCCUGCCUGCAUCUUCCUGCGGCCCAGCAUCGCCGCCACCCAACUCGUAUGUACGGCCACCCGCCCACAAGCCCACCUACACUUGUCCUCUCACUUUGCCUCUCCUUGAACAGGGAGAGUGGAUUGAGUGGGGACAUCAGAGCAGAGGCAUACAGAUCCAGGGACCGGGAGCUGCGGCCUGAGGAGAUUGAAGAGCUGCAGGUCGCCUUCCAGGAGUUUGACCGAGACCGGGAUGGCUACAUCGGCUGCCGGGAGCUGGGUGCCUGCAUGCGAACCCUGGGCUAUAUGCCGACCGAGAUGGAGCUCAUCGAGAUCUCACAGCAGAUCAGUGGUGGGAAGGUGGACUUUGAAGACUUUGUGGAGCUGAUGGGCCCCAAGCUGCUGGCGGAGACGGCAGACAUGAUCGGUGUCAGGGAGCUGCGGGAUGCCUUCCGGGAGUUCGACACCAACGGGGAUGGCUGCAUCAGCCUGGCCGAGCUGCGGGCAGCCCUCAAGGCCCUGCUGGGGGAGCGCCUCAGCCAGCGGGAGGUGGAUGAGAUCCUGCAGGACAUCGACCUCAAUGGGGACGGCCUGGUCGACUUCGAAGAAUUUGUACGAAUGAUGUCUCGCUGAGCCUGCACAGAAACUAGUGGCAGCAGACAGGACUUGAGGACAACCACAGCCUCUACCUGCCAGGUUGUUCCUUGGAGCCCACCACCUCCAUCUGGGACCCUUCUCUCCAUCCCCACUUAUGUGCAAUGCCCUUGCCUGCCUUCUCCCCCACCACUGCUCCUCCAUUGAAGCCCCCUG